GGAUGAGUUUCAGCGUCGCAAGCGAGCCGCCAUUGCCCUUCUGUCUGCAGAAUAUGGCGGCGGCGCUGCGCUGUCGGUGGAGGAGGAGCAGCCGCGGCCCUUUGGCCAAAUACAGCAGCAGCGCUAGUGCGCAGGCGCGCCUCACUGGCCCACACACCUGCUCAGUGUCUGCAGGCUACUCACUAGGACCUUACCUGUCGUUUCUACAGAGAGACUGAAAAGAGCGUAAAUAAAAUGAAAGAAGCAUGAAAGGGAAUUUAUCUUGGUUCAGAAGUUAUGAAAAUGAUUAAGUUCUUCCUCUUGGUGAACAAGCAAGGGCAAAUAAGGCUGUCCAGGUAUUAUGAACCUUUGGAAAUUCACAAAAGAACGUUGUUGGAAGCUGAUAUUAUUAAAAGUUGCCUCCCACGGACGAAGAACCAGUGUUCAUUUGUUGAGUACAAGGAUUUUAAACUUGUGUACCGACAGUAUGCUGCACUCUUUGUUGUGAUCGGGAUUGAUGAUGCAGAGAAUGAACUGGCUGUGUAUGAACUUAUACAUAAUUUUGUCGAGGUUUUGGACAAAUAUUUCAGUCGAGUGUGUGAGUUGGAUAUCAUGUUUAAUUUAGACAAAGUUCACAUCAUUUUGGAUGAAAUGAUUUUGAAUGGUCGUGUUGUGGAGACGAACAAAAGCAGAAUCCUUGCCCCUCUGCUUGCACUGGACAAAAUGACUGCAAGCUAAAACAAAGGAAGCGUGUUCAAAAGCUGCAUCGUCCAUUCACAAGGCUUUUUCCUAACCUUUAAAAUAAUGCCAUAUGGAUGUCCUGAGUUUUUAUCCUAAUAGGAAGCUUUCUUAUAACUUGCAAUAGAAAAGCAGCUUUUUCAGUACAUCCAGAAAUCUAUAAAAAGAUCGAGAAUUGUUGAUCAGAAACAUCACAACUGUAAUUACAUGUAACAAUUAUUCUUGACUGGUAUAGAAGUUGAGAGGCAUGCAAUUGAGUGAAAAUCAUGUUUGUGAUGGUAUUGGAGAGCUACACUUCAUAUUUGAAAAUAUAUCAUCCAGAAAUUCUGAUCAAGGUCGGAAACUAUUAUUUCUGACCAUUAUCAGACCAAAGGAACACCCAGGUACAUUUAUUUGACUUCUAUACUAGAAAUUCCUGGACAGGAGCCUCAUGUUAAGAACCAGGGAAGACCUAUUCAGGAAUUGUCAGAAGAAGCAGGAGAGGGAUUCAUUGUGAAACCCAGUCUCCCUGUUGCAGCAGUUGUUGAGCCAUAUCCUGUGCCACAGUCAGCCCCUUUGACAGCCGAGUGAAAGGGUAUGCCUGAAAGCAUGGGGAGAGGGUGCCAGUUGUGUAAGGAGUAGAGUGCCAGGUAGUUAUGGGGUUGGGGAUGAGGUUGCAAGUGAGGAUUGUAAGUGCCUCAAGUUUUGGGUGGCAAGUGGCAAAGGAGGUUAGAUUGGGAGUUGGGUGAUUGGCUGGGGUGCAGAUGGGUGAGGGAGUGGGAUACCAAAUGGGUGAGAGGAGUGGGUUGCCAAGUGCGUGAGGGAUUAGAGCGGCAUGUAAUUGGAUGAGGUUUUAAAUGCAUCUAGUAUCAGAUUGAGAAGAAGAUAUUGGAGGGGAGCAGUGUGUGUGUGUCGUGUGUCAGUCCAUAGAAGGGAGGGGCACCAUGUCAGGCCAGUAGGGUGGCGUUGUGUCGACUGUCAUGGAGAGGUGUUGGAUUGGAUCACUUUUAAAAAAUGAAGGGAGCUUGAAGUACUUUGCAUUUCUGAUGUGUUUUGUUUAUAAUUUGAAUCCUGCAGUAAAUUGUGAAACUGAACAUUUUCUGUUGACGACUGAGCUUCCCUCAAAGAAAAUCGAGGCUCUAUUUUUGCAGAAUCUUAAGAACUCCAUAGCCAGUUAAAAACAGCAGGUGUGACUCAAUUCUGGGAUUCCCACUUGCUUUACUGACACCUCCAGUUUUCAGUGGGGCUGGUUGCGAUCCUACACUGCCAAUCUGCUUGGAUUCAUUCUGGAAGGAGGCAUUUCCUAGCUACCUACAGUUUUCAUGAGUCAGAUCAACAUCUCUUUGGUUUGUGGUUCACGGCCUCUCAAAGGAAUUGUAAACCAAAGUCUGAUUUAUGACAACAAAGUCGUACUUUUUAAUAAGCGUCUGGAUCCAGGUGACCAUGCACAGCUGACACAGUAAAAAUGAAAAUAUCUACAUAUUGACAGCUUUAUAAUAUGUUGUUUGUUUUUCUGUGACCUUGUUUGUCAAUAGUUCAAUGUUUAUAUGUGCAAGAUAAAGAGAUGUCAAAUACUUAUAA